AGUGGAGGAGAGUAACAAAACUAACUGCAUAAAGUCAAACCGAUCGUAUACUGUAUUAGUGAUUUUUCGAGUUUCUCACACAUAUCUUAACCCAUAAGGUGUAUCAAACAACUACAAAGUAUUUACCAUGAACUCAAACAUGCGUCUUCGUUGUGUCGUGUUAUUUGCGAUAUUUUCCUUUGGCCUCAUUAUUUCGUUACAUGCCAUUCCAUCCACCCAAUCGGACCCUAUAAGAACACUGAAAUCGAGAAUUGAGGCUAACAUUUUUUUAAUUAGUCAUGAGAAAAAGGAAUUGGAUUCAGUCUAUUUGGAUGUUUUUAAAAAUGCACAUCAAUUAAUUUUAAACGGCAACAUUGACAAUGCCAAUGCUGAAUUAAUCUCUGCAAUACAAACUAUGAUGGUUCUCGAAGGAUCUAAGGAUCUCCCAGAAGGUGUAAAAGAAAUUGCUCUAAACGGUAUGAAAAAGGCCGUCGAAAAAUUUGUAGAAGAAGUAAAACCAAAAAAUUAAUAAAUUCAACAUUUAUAUUUUUAAUUAACAAUAUUUUUGUUUUAUAAAAAGAUAAAGUUUAAAUAGUUAUUGUUAAUGUUUUAACUUAUUACAUGUUAUUAUUUUGCCACAUAAUAUAAUACACGUCAUAUUGUACUCUA